CUGCCUUCCCUUCCCUUCUCUUCCCUUCGCGCCGCAUAGCAGUGAUAGCACCAUGUUCGUCGCCUCCGGGACUGCAGUUCUCGCUGCAGCGGCAUUGGUCUCCGCCCAGGCCGGCUAUGGUAGUGCUUCUGCUUCUCCGUUUGCGCCCUUCUCCGGCGACCCUUUCCAGAAAUACGAGUUGAGCGCAAAUGGCAUCAGUGCGACUUUUAUUCCGUACGGAGCACGACUGACCAGUCUCGUGGUCAACGACAAGAAUGGCAACCCUCAGGACGUGGCGGUCGGCUACGACGAGGGAGCUCGGUACCUGGAAGACACCGAGACGAACCACACCUUCUUUGGCGCCGUCGUGGGUCGAUAUGCCAACCGGAUCAAGAAUGGCACUUUCGCCAUUGAUGGAGUGCAGUCUGACAUUCCCAAGAAUGAGCACAAUGGCACCAAUACGCUGCACGGAGGUCUCGUUGGCUAUGAUCAACAGAACUGGACCGUCGCUGCUCUGUCCAAGAGUAGCAUUACCUUCACCUUCUACGACGAGGCUCAGCAAGGUUUCCCCGGCGAUGUGCUCAAUGUGGGCACCUUCACUCUCGAGGACGACCAGACGUUCACGUCACGUCUUGUUUCAAUCCCCUUCAACGAUGCCACUCCCAUCAUGCUCUCGCACCACAUCUACUGGUCUCUGGGCGCCUACGUCAAUGAAGAUGCUCUCACCAUCUUGAACGAUACGCUCUAUCUCCCUUACGCGAAGCGUUACAUCCAAACCGACGGCAUCCUCAUCCCAAAUGGCAGCAUUGCUGUGACAAAGGGCACCGGAUUGGAUUUUACUCAGCCAGACACCACAAUUGGCAGCAACAUCCCCAACACCGCCGGCUUCUGUGGUACGGGCUGCACGGGCAUUGACAACGCCUUCAUCACCGAUCGCGCACCCUCGACUGGAGUGCAAGACAAAGGUCUGGAAGUGCUCCGGAUGUGGUCUCCUCACACGGGCAUUCAGCUGUCUGUAGAGACGGAUCAGAAUGGUAUUCAGAUUUAUACUUGCGUGGGACAGAAUGGGAGUAUCAAGUUGAAGAAGAGCCAACAGCAUAUUGCUGGUCAGGAUGCGGCGCUGGAGAAGUAUGGCUGUAUCGUGAUUGAGACACAAGAUUGGAUCGACGGAAUCAACCAUCCUGAAUGGGGACGAGAAGAAUAUCAAAUCGCAUCUGCGACGACGCCACCGAUUGUCAAUUUUGCCAAGUUCAAAUUCAGUGUUGUGAAUCCAUAGUACGUAAGCCAAAACGCGCGGGAGAGAAGGGAGAGAGAAGAAAAACAAACACCGAAACAAAAACCAAAAAAGACAGCCUCUCUACCCUGUAAAGUGUAAACGAUCGCACGAAAAAAGUUAACGGAAAACUUGUGUUACAGUGCAAGUGCCAAGGGCGAGUUGUAAUACAUGUAUCAAGAGCAAGAGGUACAGGUAGUUUUACCUUAAUACAACCCAACCCAUC